AUGGCCGCCGACGGCUACCGCUGCCGAGACAGCCGCGCCAUCCAGGGCGGCGAGUCGGCGCUGCCCAGCUCGCUGCUCUUCAGCGCCGGGCUGCUGGGGAACCUGCUCGCCCUGCUCCUGCUGGGCCAGCAGCGGCUGCGGCGCGGGCGGCCCCCGCGGGCCUCCGCCUUCUACCUGCUGGUGAGCGGGCUGGCGGUCACCGACCUGCUGGGCAAGUGCCUGCUCAGCCCCAUGGUGCUGGCAGCCUACGCGGGCAACCGCAGCCUGAGCGAGCUGGGGCCGGGCGGCGGGGACCCGGGCCGCCUGUGCCAGCUCUUCGCCUUCCUCAUGGCCUUCUUCGGGCUGGCGCCCACGCUGCUGCUGCUGGCCAUGGCCCUGGAGUGCUGCCUCUCGCUGGGCCACCCCUACUUCUACCGGCGCCAAUCGGCGCCGCCCGCCGCGCCCCGCCCUGGGCCCGGCCCGCCGCCGCCGCCUGGCGCCCUCUUCUGCGCCCUGCCGCUGCUGGGCUUCGGCGCCACCGUGCAGUACUGCCCGGGCACCUGGUGCUUCAUCCGCAUGGCCGGCGGCAGCGCCCCCGCGCGGGGCUACUCCGUGCUCUACGCCAGCCUGCUGGGCGCGCUGGUCCUGGCCAUCGGGCUCUGCAACCUGGCCAGCAUGCGCAGCCUCUACCGCAUGGCCCGCCGGCCCCACCGCCGCAGCGGGCCCACCGCCGCCCCGCGCAUGGAGGAGCUGGACCACCUCGUCCUGCUGGCCCUCAUGACCGUCCUCUUCACCGUCUGCUCCCUGCCCCUCAUCGUCCGUGCUUAUGUGGGAGCAUUUGCCGCUGACUUUAAUGAAAAGGCAGAUCUUACAGCCCUGAGGUUUCUGUCUGUGAAUUCCAUCGUGGACCCCUGGGUGUUCAUCAUUUUCAGGACAUCAGUUUUUCGCAAGUUCUUUCAUAGAGUUUGCAGAAGACUGAAUUCUAAAAAAGCUGUGACGCCUCGGCUUGUAUGAACUAGGCACCGAAGCUGCAGGAGUGAAGAGCUUUCUGCUUUCUUUGGUAACUCGAAUCGAAGGAAUAUUGUUCCAGUAAUUGUUUACAUAAUCAAACCGAUCACACUAAUUAUGCCAGAUGUUGUGAUUGUGACACAUGGCUCUUCUAGAAACACUGUAAGAAAAUAUAAGACUGUAUUGUGGGGAAGGUGAAGUGCCUUAGCCGCUCGCUGUGGACACACUGUACGGAGAAGAAGCAUUCCUCUGUUACUGCAUUUUUGCCUUUCCUGGCACAGACUGGAACUGAAAGUUUGUGGUCAUGUGAGUAACAGUGAAUCUUACGAUGUGACAGCACUCCGCUUCCCGGAGAACUUUGUAAAAAGAAUGUGUUUGUGGUAUAAAGUGCAGCUCUCUGAUCUUCGGGCCCACCUGAUUCUCCACUCCUAUCAGAGUACAACCCCAAUCCUGCAAGGUGGGCCCCGUUGCCUUUAGGGGUUCCCAUUGAUUUCAACAGGCUGCAGGCAGACAGACGUGUCUACCCACAGGGAUCAGCUUCGAGGAUCAAGGCCUAAAUCAGGAGUCACUGAAGUCUGAUAGGGAAAAAUAAAACUCUUCAUUUUUAAAAGAAAUAAAAGCAGUGUACAGUUUCUUGUAGCUGCCUCCCCACCCCAGUAAAUUGAUCUUGUCAUCCAGUAGCCAGAUAGUAUCCAAUGCACAGUACAUACAGCGUCAGACCCAGCAGCAAUGAUUCUCUGGGCUUGUCUGCACUGCUGAGUCAGCUCCAGGUAUAACUCAAGUGCACACACAAAAACCUCUAGCCUGAGUGUUUGAACACAAGCUAGCUAGCCAGGCGUGGGUGGGUGGGGCUGACCCUCUGGUGCUGCUCCCCUUCAAGCUAGCAAAGCUAUUUUGUGCUGCUGCAGUGGGAUGGCCCUUGCUGGGGCUAGUGGAUAAUGCCCUGUGGUGAGGAUGAGCCCUUUCUCCUGCCUUAGAUUUGCACAGAGAACGCCUGCUGGUGUUAGAGACAAAGGGAGUUCUUUGUGCAGAACUUCUACAGUACCCAGCCCCAAGGGAACCUGCAGAGAUCUACCCCAUGAGCAUAUCAGGCUGGGAAGGGACCUCAGGAGGUCAUCUAAUCCAACCCCCUGCUCAAAGCAGGACUAAUCCCCUGACAG